AUGGGUGGUCACGGCAAUGUUAGAGGCCCGGGCCACGUCAGUUUAGAUGGAAGCAACAACCUCCCUACCGAUGACACCGAUUCCACCAAGCCUACCCCGUUCAAGAUACCAAAAGACGCCAACGCGGUCAAGCUAGCCAUGGAAGAUCACGGAAUACUACAGAACAAAGCUGCCUUGGAGAGUUACACCGAAUUUAGAGAGAAAAUGAAAGCUAUAUUGUUCCAAGAUCGCCUGUCGGCUAUGAAGAAGAAAGAGGUUCGCGAGUUCGAGAACACCCUAGCACAGGUCGAGAGACUCAACGAAGAUACAAUUUUGCAAACUCUGGUACCUCUCAUCGUUAGACGGACAUACUUGGCCGAGAAGGACCUCGAGGGUGAAGAAUUGGCGAGCUACAACGCGAAAAUCGCCAACGCCGCAACAGAUGCUGAACGAAUGACCCUACGGAAGGCCUUCCUCUUAAGCAAUGCCCUUUGGAGUGACGAUGGCCUUCUGGUCACCAUGAAUUCCGAGUUCCUGCGCACCUUUCUACCAAACCAAUUUGAAGAACUCGGCUUCGAGGCGGCGCUGGCAACCGUAUUGGCAAAACAGAACGGCAUGAAGAAUCCACGGCCUGAUUACUGCUACGGCCUCACACCCGACACGUUUCCUAUUCCGCGAGGGGUGAUGCUAUCUCAGGAACUUCGCGAGCUCCUCCGAAUCGCCAACGGCGUCUAUCACGCCUUUCUACUGAUCGAGGGCAAAGCAGAUCGCGGCGAGCUGGCACAUGCUUAUAAUCAGGCCGCCCGAGGUGGUGCUACUCUGGUGAAAGCGUCUAGAAGCCUGCUCGAGAAACUUGGUUAUCCCGACGUUACUGGGGUCGACGAAAGGACCGUGGUCUUCUCCGUCGCGAUGAACUCAACUAUCCUAGAAAUCUGGCUACAUUGGGCAGAUGUCAUUACUGAUGGGAAGACCAUGAAGACCAUCGUCAACUACCACUCGAACAGACUUGUCGCGAGAGCCCUGAGUGAUCCAGACCAACUCCCUCAGUCUCGCAGCAUGCUGCACAAUAUUCUGAAUUGGGGCUGCAAUACCCGAAAAGCGGAGCUACUGAAGCUUCACGAGAGGUUAUAUGCAUACUCGCAGCAGGAGACGCAAAAGCAAUUGCAAGAAGAGAAGGCUAGAAAGCAGGACCCUGGCAACAAGAAACGCAAGAAGGGCGAUGGUACGGCCGCGUCUUCGGGGUCAAGGGUUCAAGCAUCUCCAGCUAGUGCUGGGAGAUGA